GAAACAGAGAAAAUCCUGUAUUUGUUCGGGAUUCUGGUCCAGAGAAUGUGAAAAGCGAGUGAGGUGAGAAAGGGUGGCCCCCUGGCACAAUGACCUGGAGACGUGCCAGCUGCUCACAUUCUUUCCUCUCUGUUUGGGACGUGGAGGUCUGAGGCGGCAGAGAAAGCCAGCGUUGCCACCAGAGUUGGAGGAAACGUGCAAGAAGAGGGUUGAAAAGAAAAGGAAACAAGAAUAAGUAGGGAGGUGCUCACUCAGGAACACAGAGGUGCGCACACAGUGGAGGGAUGGGAGCCUGAUCGGAGCUGGAAUGGGAGAUUCUGCUCUGUAGGACCGUCUGCAGGAACUUCAGGUGACAAAGGCUCCGGUGGCAGUCUGGGCGGGACUGUUGUCUCACGGUCUUCCUCCCACGGUCCUCAGAAUGGCAAAAGAGGACUAGGACCUGAUCAGCAAAGGAGGAGAGUGAAGAAAUCACAGCGUGUUUCUCAACGUGGACUCAGGGGUCAGCGUGUGACCUUGCUUCGCCAUCUCAUGGGAUCCUCUGUGGAGUUUGCUUGUUUGUUACUGAUAGUUGUCUCUUUGGAGAAGGACCACUUGGUGCGUGCUGGCUGUUUGGGGACAUGCUGCUGGGGCAGAGACUUGAGCUGUGCGACUUCUGGCUGGAAGAUGGGCCGCGUGUUUGGGAAGUGCUACUGUGACGAGGCCUGCGUUAGGACCCAGGACUGCUGCUCCACGUACUUCACAGAGUGUCCAGCUCAGGACUGCACGGUGGGCGAGUGGAGCUUUUGGAGCGGCUGUGCCGAGCCCUGCCAGCCUUCAGUUCGGGUUCGUGUUCGCCGUAUAGAACGGCAGCCCAGUAACAGCGGGAAGGCCUGCCCCAGCCUGGAACAAAGAGCCGGCUGCAAAGAGUACAGAGAUGACCAGGGGGCACAUUGUGGUCAAAACUCAGGCCCAGCACUCAUCACAAGCAUGGAAUUUGGUAAAAGAAGACCCAAACAUGACAGCUAUGGAAACCCCCUGGAUCCUGGGUUCUGUGUGGAAUUCACAGUGGAGUCACGGACGCCUCACUGUACAGUGGAGAACCGACCCCACACGCACUGGAUGCGCUACAUAACAGAAGGCUUCAAAGUGUGUGUGUCCUGUGAGCCACCGGCCAUCAGAAACAACAGCGGCGGCUGUCAAGGAGAUGGUCAACAGUCAGACAUAGAUGCAGUGCUGCACUGGCAGGCAGUGGGAAACCCUCGAUGCAGAGGAACCUGGAGGAAGAUCCCAAAAACCCAACGGUGCAACUGUCCACCACAACACAGCUUCACCUUCAUCUGAGGCACAGCUUCGGCACACCACAGCUAACGUCAGUUCAGACGAGCGCUGCUCAUCAGUGAAAGAGAGUGCAGUAACUACUGAUCAGAUUAAACGCCUCGACUCAGCAGCCACAUAAGACUUGGUGCAGCGCAAUUACGAUAAAGAUGCUACACCUUUGAACAUGAACACUAUUCUCGUGGGUUAACAAUGGUCAACAAUUAUUACCUCAAAAACUGGUAGAACAGCUUUUAAACUUUGGUCUUUUUAAAACUUAAAAUCUGUCCAACACACGUGCACAUAGAUCUCUGUAUGUCCAAAUGCUGCUUCUUGAAAUCCUGCAAGAGACUAAAGGUUCAGACCCUCAAAACGUAAUUAAUUCUUUUCUGACCGAGGUCACUGAACUUCCAUCCUCCUGUU